CAAACGAACAAAAAAAUCUCCAAAUACUAAUAUCUAAACCGCAAUGUUUGGUUAAAUUAUUUAAGGGAUAUUUUUAACAAAAAAAAUCCCUAAAUGACUCAAUACUUGUGUAUAAAAUUGUUAUCGUUAUCAUUGAACGCUUACGAGAGAAAUUCCCGGUUAAAUACAAUGCGCGAUCAGUGUAACAGUUGCAAGAAGUUGAGACGGAAGGCGAGCGUGAAGAACUUUGAGAGGAGAAAGUGUGUGAGGAGGAUCAAAAAUUUUGAAGGUAUCCCGGCUAGGAAACCGCCACAAAAGAAAUUUAGGAAUUUUAUACCAUUCAAUGGGAUAAUUGAGAAUCAAUUAAAAGUGAAAAUGAAUCCAAAUCGAUGGUUUAAUAAGUGGAUUUAUAGAAGAAUUCAUCCUGUUCAAGACAAUAACACAAUACAAGAAAUCGAUGGAGGAUUUUUUGAGACGUUCGGACAUUUGUUUCGAGAAAAAUCGAUUUACGCCGCCGCUAAAGAAAAACAAGAAAAGGAAACGGUUGCAAAGGAAGCUGCAGAUUUAGAAGCUGUUAUUGAGAAUGUUCCGGAAAUUGCUGAAACGGAAGAAAUUCCAUCUAGUUCUGAUAGUGAACCGGAAGAUCAAACUUUGUAUAUUUCGACAGCUUUAAAUAUAGACGAAUUGUACGUGGAAAUGUUAUAUGUUAUCAUCCACAACGUUGGAUGCGAUGUGAAUUACGAGGUUGGUCAAACAGCUUUGUUAUCGUACAUCCAAGAUGCUUUCAAGAUCGAUAACAGGAAGCACCAAGAUUUAUUCGAUAUCGCCCAAAAGAAAGAACCCCCUGAAAUGUUAUUAAAUAUCGAAGUCAUUGAAGCCAAAGAUUUGGUUUCGAAAGAUCCGAAUGGGCUUGCCGAUCCUUUUGUAACGCUUUACUUGGCUUCGAAUUCUUCGCAACGUUAUAAUUCUUCUGUUAAACCAACUACGUUAAGUCCAGUUUGGGAAGAACAUUUCGCUUUGCCAGUUCCAGAAAAUCCAUCCGAUGACACACUAUGUCUUGAAGUAUGGGAUUUUGACCCCGCCGAAACUGUCGGUGAAAAAUUCGGGAAAUUCUUCGACGUAAAAGGAGUUAGAGGAAUGCGUAGACUCGUUAAAGAAAUCGCUGUAACUGCUACUUCGGGGCAACAUCGCAACGAAUUAAUCGGCCGCGCUCAAAUCCCAUUAAGCGCAAUCCCCGCUUCCGGAAUGACAAUGUGGUAUAGCUUAGAUAAAAAGAACAAAAUAACCCGCCAAGGAGUAAUCAAAGUACGAAUAGCUUUCAGUUCAGAAAAAAACGUUCACGUCGCCGCCCAAGAACAUAAACAUCUCUUAAGAAUCUUACUUUUACACGAAUUAGAAACGUCGAAAGUGGCCCCAUUUUGGUGGUGUGGCUCUUUUAGUCCUCAAGGAAAUGCUUUAAUAACCCAACACGUUGCGCAAUCGGGAUUAUCAACUCCAGAUAUUGCUUUAGCACAAUGGAUCGUUUACACAAAUGUGCACCGAACGCAUCCGUUAAGUUUCGAUUUAUUCGUUGAUAUUUUAGAGAAGCUUUGCAAACCGAUUCAGUAUAAUAGUUUUGAAGAGGAAGAUUUAAAGUUGUUUUGGGACGCGACAAAAAAAUUAAUCCCGACUUGUUUGAGUAUGAUUCGAAAGAUUCGCAAAACCAAUUUUAAAGAAAAAAAUCAGUUGAAGCAGGUUGCGAAAGUUUUAAACGUUUUGGGGUUAAUUUCUAUGUUGGAUCCUCCGGAAAAUAUUAACGAGUUAUUAGAAAAUUGCGUCGUGAAGGGGGCGAAAGAUUGGUUUGAGCACAUUUUGGAAAAUACUCAGUUGGUGGAGGAUAGUGAUGAGGCGAAAAUGAAACGGUUGGUUAAAAUCGUUCAAUUAGUUCGGACUGAUUUACAGAAAGCCAUUGAGUAUUAUGAUAAAAUGUUUCAUGAAUCAUUAAAUUUUAAAUAUGCCAAAGAAUUAUACAAGAUUUAUCAAAAUAAACUCACCGACCUCAUCGAACCGGAAGUGAAACACGUCAGCGAAACAAUGGCUAGGAUGCCUCACGUUGGAUUUACCAACAUAAAACAAGUAGACACCAAUCAACCUAUGGUCGUUGGAACAACUUUAUUCGAGUUAUAUUUAUACAUACAAAGAUUUGUAAUUUUGGGGACAGAUCUUUGUCCAACGGAACACGAAACCUUCGAAAUAAGAAACUUUUACGUCUGGUUUUACAGCGCCGUAGCGCAAUGGCUCGAUAUCGCGCUUUACAAAGCUCUCCAACGCAUCGAUAAAGCCGUUAGUUUGGAUAAAUUAGUACCGGUCGAUGCAGAAAUGAAAAUAAGCUCAUCGGCUAUUGAUUCAUUAAGCAUUUUCUAUCAAAUAAAAGUUUUUUGGCAGGAAUUAAAUUGGCCCGACGUCGAAGGUUCUUACACGUUCAUCGCGAAAAUCAUUGAUGAUAUUUGCCGAUGUUGCGUUUAUUACGCGGAUAGAGUUUCGGAUGCCGUCGAAGGAAUGGGCGAUAUAAAAGACGUUUACGAGCAACGAUUUCAAGUAACCAACGAAUGGUGCCUUGCCAUCAACAAUAUCGAUUACGUUUUGCAACAUUUAAUACCGUUCACAAAAGAAAUGGAGAUGGAGAAAAUAAUCGAGAAAUUAGGUGACAUUAAAAGCCCCUUAGAAGCGCAAAGAUGCCAACACACUUUAGACACCGUUAUUGUUAAUGCAGUUGAUACCGUUAAAAAUAAAAUUAUUGAGUUACUUGAAACCGUUGCGGAAAAGAUGACGCCAUCAAUGAAGCGACUUCUCAUAGAAGGAGCAGAAUUAUUCCAACAAGAUUGUAAUAGUAUCGAUAAAGUAAUGAGAUAUUUAGAUGAUAAUUUGCACACACUUCACGAUCAAUUAAACGAAGAAAAUUUUAGCCGCAUUUUAGAUAUUAUUUUUAUUUAUUUAAAUAAUAUCUUAACCGAUUUAAUACAAUCCAACUUGGAGAAACGACGACCGCCAUCGUUCUUCUCAAAUUUACAUGAAACGUUAAAACUAAUGAAACAUUCUUUUAAAUUAAACGACACCGAAGAAGAAUGCGAACAAUUAAAAAAAACCGAACAUUUAUUGUACUUAAAUGGUUUAGAAACGUCCGAAUUAAUCCAUCAAGUUCAUUUAGAUUUAUGGAAAGAACAAGAAAAAAAAGAUUCGAAUUUGGGGCAGUUAACGAUUAAGUGUAAAUUUGAUAAUUGCGAGUUAAAAAUUGAAGUUUUAAAUGGAAAGAACUUAGUGGCUAUGGAUUCUAAUGGAUCAACAGAUUCUUUUGUAAGAAUUCAUCUUUUACCUGAAGAUAAAUUCACGAAUGUAACAAAACCAAAAACCCAAACUCAACAUAAAACUUUAUUUCCACUUUACGACGAACACUUUACGCUGAAAUUGACUACCGAUCAAAGAAAUUUGGAAAACGGUUUGAUUUUAUUUAGUUGUAAAGAUUACGAUAUGCUAGGUUACAACAAUCAGUAUAUUGGAGAAGCUUUUCUGCAUUUUAAAGAUAUUCCAAGUAAUGGUGUUAAUUCGCAACAAUUAGUUUUGUAUUUGCAUAGACCAAAAACUUUAGAUACGGAUGCUUUAAAAGCUUUGGAAUAUAGACAAGGAGAUAAACAGGCCAAAGAAUUUCUUCGUAGAUUUAAAAUGCGCAUGAACUCACCAAAAUCAUCUUAAAAACAAAUAAACCCACGCCUAAGACUGUAAUUUUUAACAUGUUAUUUAUUAAUUUUUUAAUAUUAAAACUAAUUGUAUGUAAUAUUGUUGAUUCAAAGAACUUGUUUUCUUAAGAAAAUGAAAUAAAAAAACCACCAAAUUUGUUUUUA